UUGUCUUUUAAUGAGAGGCUUUAAUGACUAUAGAACUACAGGACCCAUACUGAGGACAUGGAAGCCAAAUAUUUACAUUGACUGACUCUGGCCUCCUCUAGCUGCAUAAUGACACACAUGUACUGCAGUGACCUGGUCACAGUAAAUAAGGCCCAUAGCUGUUCACAUUCCUGUGAAUAUUUUUGAACGGUGGCCCAUGUGAGGAGCAUGACGCUGCAGGCAAAGUUUCCUUUGUCACAGCAUUUGGACUGAUGUUGCACAGACAGCAGCCUACAGAGGGCUGCCUUCAUCAGGAUGGGAGUAAUGACGUUUCUUAUCAGCCAUCCGCACUGCUGUCACGGCUCUGUGUUCCCUGUGUUGGCUCUUUGUCAUGCACGUGUGUGCACAGAAGGCCGUUACCCGGUCUAACAAGGAAUCAUAUUGGAAGCAGGCAGCAGCCAGGUUUCUGUUGAUCCCUGAUAAUGCACUCACGGGCGCCAUGUUGCUGAAGAAGAAGAAUUCAUGUAGCAGGUCUGAUACGACCUGCUCACUUUAAUGAAUAUGAACGAACACAUUGUUUCUUCAGCCCAUUGGAGUUAACAUGGCUCUCCAUCCAGACCCAGACAACAACACUACUACUAACCAAUCAGGUUUCUCUCUGUCUCCGCCGCGGAAAUGAAGGCCCAAUCAGCUGUCUGAGUGCUUCCACAUAUAAGAGCCGAGGGACCAAUCAGCUGCCUGUCUAAAUCUGCUGGGGAAACGAGCAACCAUUCAGCUGCCUGUCUGGCCUUCACGGAGUGACGGCCUGGCCAAUGAGCUGUCUGUCUGGCUGCACCGAGGGGGUGAGCGUCUGCCGAGGCCCAAUCAGCGGUUCAGUGCUGCCUGCCGGUGCCGGGGACUGGUGGUGAGGAGCCGCUGCAGCGCGUCAGGACCGGACCGUGAACCCGGAGACGGUACACACCGAGGCGAAAGGAGACACAGGAUGGAGCGGAUGUCUGAGGAGGCGCUGAGGCUUAACCUGCUGAAGCGAGGCCUGGAGUCACCCACUGAGCGAGAGGAGGCCCUGGCCAAGCGCCUCAAAAUGGAGGGCCACGAGGCUAUGGAGCGCCUCAAGAUGCUGGCACUACUUAAACGCAAGGACCUAGCUGACCUCGCAGCCCUGGAGGUGGCGGGGCCCCUGGGGGACGGGAAGGGCCCUGGGGCCAGCUCUCUCCACCACCAGAGCCUAAUGAGUGCUGCCUAUGAGGAGAAGCUGAAUGGGAGUCUGAGGAUGGGAGGCCACGGUGGCCAUGUUGGACCCAGUAAGAAUGGGAAGGAGAACAUCAUGGAUGAGCCUGUGGAUAUGAGCGCCGGGAGACGAUGUGAGGCGGACCAUGACAGACGAACUCCAUCUCCAGACGUCAUUAUUCUGUCAGACAACGAGGCGUCCAGCCCCAGAACAACUCCUCGACCUGAGGAGCGUCUGCACCAGGCCAACCUGGACAUGUUCAAGGGGAAGACGGGAGAGGAGAGGCAGCAAAUGAUCAAAGCUCUGAGAGAGGAGCUGCGUCUGGAGGAGGCUCGCCUGGUGCUGCUCAAGAAGCUCAGACAGAGUCAGAUGCAGAAGGAGAACGUGGUGCAGAAGGUCCCAGUUGUCCAGAAUGCUGCAUCCUCUGUGCAGCCUCCUCCUAUCCACAGCUCCGCUGGUCUGGGGAAGCUGCCAGUGAGGCCGGGCCUGCACAACCCUGAGCCCCAGAACCUCCGCACUGCACAGGGUCACACAGUCAUCAGGUCAGCAGCCAAUGCCAACCUACCGCCCAUGCUGAUGUCCCAGAGAGUGAUAGCCCCCAACCCUGCCCAGCUGCAGGGCCAGAGGGUCUCCUCCAAGCCUGGGAUGUCUCGCUCCAGCUCCAGCAUGGGCAAUCCCGUCAGUUACCAACAGGCCAGCCAGCAGGUGGCAGCUUCCCAGCGCUCAGGCUCCAGCGCCAUGUACAUGAACCUGGCCCACAUGCAGGCGGCGGCAGCCGGCGGCGUGGGGGGUGGCCUAGGCGGGGCUUCGGCCGUCAGCCCGUCCACCAUGUCCAGCUCAGCCAGCGGAGGGGUGAGCUCCAUGGCCGACCAGGCUAGCAGCCAGGCUGCGGCCAAGCUGGCCCUGAGGAAGCAGCUGGAGAAAACCCUGCUGGAGAUCCCUCCACCAAAACCUCCCGCCCCACUUCUCCACUUCCUGCCCUCUGCCGCCAACAGCGAGUUCAUCUACAUGGUGGGCCUGGAGGAGGUGGUGCAGAGUGUGCUUGACAGCCAGGGUAAACUCAGAGGGACACUGGCCCGCAUGGAGCCUUUCUUCUGUGCCCAGUGCAGAACUGACUUCACGCCCCACUGGAAGCAAGAGAAGAGCGGGCGAAUCCUCUGUGAGCAGUGCAUGACGUCCAAUCAGAAGAAGGCUCUAAAGGCGGAGCACACCAACAGGCUCAAGAACGCCUUUGUGAAGGCCCUGCAGCAGGAGCAGGAGAUUGAACAGAGGCUGCAGCAGCAGGCAGCCCUCUCUCCCAGCUCAGCCCCUACAGGGCCCAACGCUUCUAAGACUGACUCCAUGAUCCGACAUCAUGCCCUCCGCCAGGCUCCACAGCCUCAAGCCUCCCUGCAGCGAGGUCUGUCCAACUCCGCACGAGGUGUCCUUUCCAACUUCGCCCAGGCCUCCCAGCUGUCAGUGGCCAGCAGCCUCAUGGGGAUGACUAGUGCCAAGCACUGUGGCAGCAGUGGAAGCAGCAGCAGUAGCAGCAACAGACUGCAGCAUGACAGCCGUCGCCAGAUCUAUAACAUCCCAGGGUUAAAUAUUGCCUAUCUGAACCCAGCGGCAGUUGGGGCCCACAAGAGCUCCAGCUUAGCAGACCGGCAGAGAGAGUACCUGUUGGACAUGAUCCCACCUCGAUCCAUAUCGCAGUCCAUCACCGGACAGAAAUGAGCCCCAGCCCGCCCCGCCCUCCUGCCCCUCUCAAGCCACCCCCCCACCCCACCCCCCAGCCUACCCUUGUACUCCAUACUGAAGCACUCCCCGAUCAACCAACAUCCCCACCCCACCCCGCCCCCCCAUCGCAUGCAGUGCCUGUCCGUGUGCCUACCUUAAACCAACCCAUGAAAACCCAACAAGUCGGACAAAGACACUAAACUGUCAGUGCAUCUCAAAUGUUCUUAUUAUAGUAAAAAUCUUCUUCGUCAGCGUUGUUUAACAAUUAUAAUUCCCAUUAUUAUCGCUGUUGGUAGCACUAUUAUUAUACCUGCAACUACCAUUUUUGCUUCAGUUACUAUUACUCAUUAUGCUUUUUUUCUUUCAUAAGUGUUUGGUCCUUUUUUUGUUUCUCUGCUGUCUCUCCUCUGCUGUGGGGAGUGAUGGUGAAUCAUUGUAGGGCCAUGUUAGGCCACAAUCAUAGGAUUUUUUUUCUCCACUCAAUUUUAAAGCUUAGAUGUGACUAUUGCUAGUAACAGAAGAUCAACAGGGUGCAUUCUGGUUGCUAUGCAACAUAAAGUUUAACAACUUUAAGGCUUUGUGAAAAGUGUUAGCUUGCUAACUUGAAGUAACAAAGUGGAAAAUACCGAUAGGAAUGGAAACAGACAAUAUUAAGUUAGCAACUGGUCUCCUUGCUCUUGAAAAGAGGAUGAAGGGCCCAGUGGAGAAUGUGUGUGUGGAGGGGUACACAUAAAUUGGUGCAGAGCAUCCACAUUUUCUAUCAUCUCGUCAAAAGGGCCAGUUCCAAGAGCUGUUUGCAGCUAAAGUUCGGACAUAUUCAACCUGUAGUUCAGGGCAGCACCCCUAAAUUUUGAGGCGGCCCCCUGCUACCAUCAGAUCUAAUUAACUGGAAAUGACUAAGAAAAGUUGCAGAUGUGUACAAAAUAGAAUCCUAUGUGAUCAGAGUUUGGAAAACCUUUUCCUUUGCAAGUCGGCUCCCACCAUUCCCCAUCACAAGGUCAUCACCAGUUUCUUAAUUUCAGAUGUCAGCAUCUCCUGUUCCAGAUUUGAACAGUGACCAGACGGAUGUGCACAGGACAUACUGUACUUUAACAAUCAGGACAAACGGACGCACAACGUCCCGACUGCAGCUUCAGUGUUCCAGCAGUCGCGGAGGGAGCUGACAGGCCGGAGGAUGUCUACAAACUAUUCACAGGAGGAUGAUGGUCUCCUCUCACAGAGAAGCAAGUUGAUUUUCCUUCCUGGGUCCAUCUCAUCUCAAUACCUGACUCUGACCCCUCCAUGUCCCCCCUCGAUACCUUUGGUUAACCAGUAUGCACAGACUUAACCCUUUUUACCCAGCAGCUCCUUGGCAUCACACGUUCUUUGAGAAAGUGAAAAUAACUCAAAUCUGAAGGUGGAAGCACAUUUUUUGUGUUCCAGCCACAGAUUGUGUACCUAGAAACCCAGAAAUCUGGGUUCCUUUACUUGUUCCAUUUGGGUUUUUCGAUCGUUUUCUGAUUGUUGCCCCUCCCCCCUGCAACCCCCUUUUUUUCUUUCUUUAUUUCUUUGUUGUUGUUGUUUGUUUUUUUUUCUGCGGCGUCUCCUAAUGAAAAGGUGGUAUACCUGAAAGGUAUUAGCCCCUGGAGACGAUAAUAAUCAACAUAGCUAAAACAGAAACUAUUGAAAUAUCUGUAUGGAUUAUGUAUAGAUACCUAGCUUCAGAGGAAAAAAAGGAUGUGGAUUAUAUCUUUUAUGGGAGAGACAUGGAUCAAUCAUUGUGUGCACACUCUGCACACAAGUUGCCUCACUCCAGAGGAGCACUUUGCAUAUUUCCAAUUGGAAAAACAUUGUUUUUUUUUUAAAAAAAGGGGAAAAGAAUGUUACAGUUGAGAGUGGGUAAGGUCUGGAUGUUGGCUGAUGGCUGACCACAGAGUCAGGGGAGAUGUCCUGAGUACUGUGGUUUGCAUGCAGGUGUGUUUCAGUGAUGAUGAACUGUUCACUCCUAAGUUAACUGCCAGUGUUGAUCUCUGUAAAUGUUGGAUCUCAAGUGUCAGUAUCGAAAUCCCUGCUGGCCAGCGUGCUGAGGUUACACCUGCUGCAGCUGCCUGAUUAGAUGCACCAGCAUCAGUGCAGGGUCCCAUUGACUCAACCCUGCAACAACUGAUAAACCAUAGGUCUGUUUAAAGGUGAAUUCUGGUGUUUGGAAACCUGGGCCAUAUAUUUGCAUGUUUCUGUGUAUAUGAUUCUUGUGUGAUAAAAGUUUUGGAAUGGGAAUCCAGUAGAUCGCCUGCUGAAAUCACACAAAAGGUCUGUCUCGGUAAAAAUCAUUUACAGAAUGUUGUCAGGCACUUAACAACCUCAGCUUGUCUGUGGCAAAAUAAGCAUUUUUAUUGGACAUAACUUGGACAGCAAUGGUCAGAAUUCUCACAAAGGAUGAGGUGAUCUGCUGGACUGCUAUUUAGAACUUUUGGUAAGUAUGAAUCAUUUACACACCAAAACAUGUUAAUAUAUGGCCCAGGUUUAGAAAUAAAAACAGAAUUCCCCUUUAUUUAGAAUGAUUCUCCUUUUCAAUGUAGUGUCACCAAAACUCGUAUUUACAAUGUCUGAACAAGAGAUCUCUGGACCUGUGGAUGCAAUUCACACAGGGCUGGGAGCGGACCAUCCGACACAUUUCAGUCUAAUUGGUACAAUCAGUGAUGACGAGGGGAGAGGUUUGGCUUUAAGUCCCGAACUGUCAACUGAAACCUCUUCAUCUAUGAAAUCUUCUGUCAUGAUAAGAAAUGUGCAAAGUACAAUGCAAUGACUGUCGUAGGGAGUCAUUUUAGGAGUCAACACGCCCCAACAGGUGCACAUGAACAUUCAUGACGAACAUCACGUUGUAGUGUGGUGGAACAACAGAGCACCGGUUCAUCAUUGACACGAGAACAACACUGUUGCAGAGUACUGCUGGUGGCCAAACACACACAGUCUGGCAGCCAUGUUGGAUUCCUUCAGUUCUUUGUGUUUCUCACUAAAUGUUAAUGUGUGUGAAUGGAACGCUCAUGGAUUACUGUUGUUUUGGGAUAAUAUCUGUGUGUUGGCUACACUCACUCAGUUCACACUUUUAUCUUUAACCAUUUGCAAGUUUGUGCAGACGCGUGUUCCACUGUGUCACUCCGUCCGGUUCUUUGGUUUAUUAUCAAACGCCAACGUCCCCAUUAUCUUUGUGAGGGCUUUGUGUUCAGUGUUAAUUGGUAAAUUUUAGCAUGCUAACAUGCUGAUGAUGAAAAAACAUUAUUGUCGCUGUGUCGAUGUUAGCAUCCUGACAUUGGCGUUUAGCUGUGCUAUGCUACAUUAAGUCACACGGCUUGUAGACUCAUUCUCGUUAAAGCUCUUUCUGCUGAAUGGCAAGCCAUGCAAAAAUAUGUUGUUAGGCUUAUGUAAAACACAUCUAUUUACUGUGUUGUAGAGAUGCCUACUGCAUUUAGCAACAGCUAGCCCUGCCUCAUCCUGUCUUCUAAAUCCAGUUUGUACCUCAACAGGCAAUAGUCUGAUAGCCCCAUAGUUUCAGCUGAGUGAUGUAUGGUGUGUUCUAUAAGCACUCUUAGCUUUAAAUAAAAUAAAUGAACCAAAUUAACCCACAAAUUGACAUGAAAGAAAAUUAUAGAAAUCUAUAAUGGGGCGACUUAGCUCCACAACUAACUGAAUUUAUAGUUGCUGUCUAUAGCCAAGGAGAGCUAAUGGAGAGCAGCAGUUGUCAGUUGUUCUGGUCAUAUGGUGCCCACCAUAUUUUUAGAGCUGGCCAUAUUUCACAAAUUAUCUUGAAACACCUUUAAACACGAUGCUGGGGCUUUCUGUUUGUGCUCUUAACUACAUUUGCACCAACAGGUGAAAUCUAAACACUCAACCUUAUUACAUGGAAAUACAUAAUUUUAACAAAUCCUUGUCCUCUGUAUGGUAAUGAAGCACUUACUCGCUGAAUGUCUGAUAGUAUAAGGCUUUUUUUAAAGACAAAAAAAAAAAAAAACCUUUCUAAGAAAAACACUUUGUCUAGCCAAGGCUAGUAGAGCACCGGGUAGCUAAAGAAGGGGCAGGGCUUUUGAAAAUGAUCUCAAACCCAAUACAGUACCACAAAAACAUACUUUGCAAAAAGGAAUCUACUUUCAAAUGUUUCACGUUUAUUAUAAUGUUACUAAACUGACCGUAAGCCGCACCACAGUCUUUUCAGGUGUCUCUGGCUCUGCAGCCUUGUCUGUAUCGCUAACAGUCAGUUCUCUAAUGGAUGUCCCUGAUGGAGCGCCACCAGGUUGAGAGAUUUGUGUCAUUGUGUUUCGUAUAUGUGAGUUUAUGUCACUUUAUACACCUCCACUAUCCAUGUGUGCACAGUGGUCGGUGGGGUUUUUUUGCAGCCAGACUGUCAGAUGAAUGUGUUGUGGUUCAUCAGGAAAAUGUGUUUGAGGAAUCCAGACCUGCCGUCACCACAUCAGAAUGAUCUCUUGAUUUACAGCCCAGUGAAAUGGAAGACUCUGGCCAUGAAUAUGAAACUACCUAGGAUUAGAUUCAGAGAUGUAAACUCUAAAGUUUACAUUUGGAAAACAUUGUUUUUGUUAUAUAAAAAAAGAAAAAAAAACAAGAAUCGGUUUCCCUUAAAUGGAAUGGUUGAAAUUGGAUGUAGAGAUAUAUUUUCAUGUGUUUUUGAUGUCGGGUAAAUUUUUACUGCCACUCACAAAUUGAUUUUAGCAAUGUUUUUUCUCAUGCAUCUCCUUUUGCUGCCAAGUUGAAGUUUAAGGGAAAAAAAAAAAAAGCUCCUGUCUCUCUUGCUCUUUUGCAGAUGCAUCCAUACACCUUUGUAUCUGGACUGCAGAUUCUUUUCAAAUUUCAAUUUUUAGAUUUCAAGUCAUUCUUUUUCUGACGUCUCAAUUGAGUUCUGUUUUCCUUUCUAUUGCAGUUUAAAAAAAAAAAAUAAACAAAUGUAUUGACUAAGAAAUAAAUGACACGAUAUUUGCUAGGUUUGAAGUAAUAAUGACUUAUUGUACAUAAGCAUUUUUUUCCUCCCUUGUACUGAAAAAAGAAAUUAAAUGGUUGUAUAUUGUGUAGAAAAGCAAACAAAAAGCCAUGAAUAUUGUGAAGCUUGUCAUUUCGUUUUGUGAUCACUGUGUAUUAUUGUGUAACAAAUGUGCAAAAUGUUUGGGAUUCUUUUCCCCCUCCUCUGCUUCAUGAAGCGGUCUCCCUGGAUGCAUUCGCUUUGGUUGUGGACUAGUUAGUAGUUGGCAGGAAAGAGCUCAUUGGUUUAGACAGACGGGGCCUGCAGCUUGACAAACAGGACACGUGAACAUUUCUUUUGUUUUCUCUUGGAGCAUUGAAACUUCAAAUGACUGUUUCAGACACAAAUUGUUUCCUGAACUCGCUCUAGAUAAAAGCACUUUGAAUGUUUCACUGUGUCUGGUGGAUUACAUAGACAGAAUUGAGAGACCGUCCUGAACUCAUGGUCCCUUAGCGGUGAAUCUGAUAUCACUGUGUGGAUGUUGUUGUUGGGAGCAUCAUUUCAACUUAUCAAAAUGUGACAAAGCUUUUAUGGCUAAGUCGGUUGAGUACAGAAGUCUCACUCAGGAGACGGGUCCAUAUUUCUUUGGUACAUAUUACACUGUUCAAGUAUUAUUUGUACAACAAGUUCACUUAUUUUGUGUUCCUGUUGAAUCUUCUGCUAUGUUUGAUUGUGUUUAGGGAACUAAAAUAUUUGGUUUUGUUUAGGGCUAAGACUUUUUUUUCCUCGUGUUGAUUUCAUUGAUCAUCCUUGAGCAACAUUAAAAAUGAUGUUACAGGAACAACACUAGUGAUAUCAGAUGGUGCAUCAGCUCACAAAAGGAGCAGACUGGGUGCUCUGUAUUCCACACUACUGCUCACCACUUUGGCAGACCCAAACAAUCAGGCAGUCAUUGGCUUUAGAUAAAUUCUGAGACUUUGAAUUUGUUGAACUAGAUAGUCAUUUGUCCGAUUCAUAGCAAUGAAAGAUGACAAUUAAAAAAAAAACAAACUCAACAAUAACAAACCUUUCUAAAACCCAUGCUGCCUACUUUCCAUGUUGCUCUGAAGGAUUCACAGAAAAUAGUGGAGACAGUUCUCACACACACUGUUUGUGAGGUUGAAAGGCAUUCCAGCUGCUCACAGUGAGUUUAAGAGACUUCAAAUCUGGGAAGAGAUGCUGCUCUAGCUUUCAACUUUGAACAUUUUGAGCAGCACAGCUGUAUCUUAAAACUACAUUAUUUAUAGGCCAGCAUGGCUUAAUGAAAUUGCUGGAUUGAUUGGCAAAGAUGCAAAAAUACAUGAGAAAUAUUAGAAAUAGUCAUUUAUUCAUGAGUUGUCAGAAUUGGGCAUAUACACAUUGAAACUCUGCUGUGAUCCUUACCCUAUUGUAGCCUCCUCACAAGAACAUUUUUCUGGAGGUCUGGCCUAAAAACUCAAUUUCCUACAGAGGUUUAGCACUAAAUUCUGAGUGUAUUCAUACAUGUCUCACAUCAGUGAAACACGGAUUUUGUCAGAUGUUGUGUGUUCAAUAGCCACAGCUGCUGCCUGUCCCUAAAUCAGUGAUCUCUCUCUCUGCCAACAGCAUACAACAUGUACGGUCCUCUACUGUUUGGCUUUAUCUUCUAUUAGUUGGUGUUGCUAAUGCAGGGAAACAUUUAAUUGCAAAUUCAGUUUUUUCAAUUUACCUGUAGAAGCUUUUCUUUUUGCAUAAUGUUGACAAUGUUAAACAUCUGGGGAAGCAGAAACAGAUGAUGAAAUCAACCAGAGACUAAUUAAAGUCCAUUUUGUUUUGCUUACAUCAAUCCUGACCUUUUGCACAUACUUGAUAUUUAACGGUCUUCAAAAAAGUAAAAGAAAAUAAUGCUGUUUGAAUACUGCCAGUUGAUUGACAAUUAUGCAUUGAUUGAAAAAAUAAGCUAAUUUUGGAGGAAAUAACUUUGUAAUAUUUAUCUCUUGCAAGCUAUGUUUAAUAAAGGUUGAAACAAU